AAAAAAAAAAAANAAAAAAAAGAAAUGAGCAUCUCCGAUAUCGACGCCGUACCCAACGGCCACUCGGAGGCGCCGGAGUUUUACCAAAACGUAGUCGUUAUGCGUCACGGCGAUCGCUUCGACAACUUCGAACGCUCAUGGACGGCCACCGCAUCCCGCCCGUGGGACCCGCCCCUUUACAAGGACGGCCUGGUUCGAGCUUUCGAUACGGGUCGGACUUUUCUCGACCUUCUCGGGUUUCCUUUUCACCGGGUUUUGGUUUCCCCUUUCCUCCGCUGCGUCCAGACCGCCGCCCAAGUCAUCAAGGCCCUGUCUGACGGCGCCGACAGCAACCCUUCCAGUCCUAAGGUUUCAAUAGAGUAUGGACUGUGUGAGAUGCUAACCAAUGAAGCAAUCAGGCCUAAUGUUGAACCAAAGGAUAGGAACUGGGAUUUCAAUAUCCCUCAGCUUGAAGCCAUUUUACCCGUCGGGACGGUUGACCAUUCUAUAGAACGUGUCUAUAAAGAGAUGCUUCCAUGGGAAGGAUCAGCAGCAGUUACUCAUCGUCGGUACGUCCAACUAUUCCAUACGCUUGCCGAUAAAUACCCGACGGAGAACUUGCUACUUGUCACACAUGGCGAAGCGGUUGGAGUUGCAGUUUCGACGUUCAUGGAAGAUGUACUAGUAUACGGAGUCGAGUACUGUGCAUUUGUUCAGCUGCAAAGGCCUGUUUUUCGGAGAGGCGAUUCGUAUGUGUUCGGAAAAUUUGAGGUGAAACUAAGAGAUGAUGGAAAAGAUGGAAUCAAACACAUGCCAAAGCCAGAAAAAGAAUGAGAUCAUGAUCAUAUGUUUCAUUGGGAAUAAACUGCCAGACUCUUUCUAUUAUUUGCUUAUGCUUUGAUUCUGUGAUGCAUUGGAUGAUUAAGAUCUCUCUGUUUUUUUGUGUUUCUUUGAAUAAAUGAGUCUGGAUUGUUGAUUUUGUUAUGAACAGUGAUGAUAUGAUACUGAUUAUUGUGAAGGAGAGUAAAAGAAAGUGAUAUGAUACUCUCAUUAUUUCCCAAA